AUGACGACAUCCUCCGGUUCCUCGGAUGAUCUGAAAAGUCUACAAGAGCAAGCCAAGUCUCUAAGAAAAUUUGCUUUCUAUGGAGUUGCCACUUCCACGAUUGCUACAUUGUUCUCUGUUAUUUCCGUUCCGAUUUUGUACAGUGUCAUGCAACAUAUGCAAUCUAAUAUGCAGUCUGAAGUUGAUUUUUGCCGACUGAGGUCUGGCAAUAUUUGGAGAGAACUUUCGAAAACACAGAUCUUGACCCAAGUUGCUGGUGGCGCAAUUGUUCGCUCCCGUCGUCAAGCUGGUUACAGUUCCGGUCCACUUGAGAGUGCUGUUGAAUCUGCACCAGCCAAUGUAGGAGGUGGUGGUGGAGGUUGCUGUGGAUGCGGAGUAUCUCCUCAAGGACCACCAGGAGUUCCUGGAAGAGAUGGUGAUGAUGGAGCUGAUGGAGAAGCUGGAGCACCUGGAAAGGACGGACCAGAUGGACCAGCAGCCACUCCAGCUCCAAACUAUGAAUGGUGCUUCGAUUGCCCACCAGGAGCCCCAGGACCAGCUGGAAGUCCAGGAAGCAAAGGACCAAACGGAAAUCCAGGAGCUCCAGGAAAAGAUGGUCCCAUCGGAAACAAGGGAAGCCAAGGACCACCUGGAAACCCAGGAGCACCAGGUUCCAAUGGGAAUCCAGGAAACGCUGGAAGCCCAGGAACACCAGGAAAAACUAUUGAAGUACCAGCUCCAGCUGGACCAGCCGGAGCUCCAGGACCAGCAGGUCCACCAGGUCCAGGAGGAAAUCCAGGAGGGCCAGGACAACCAGGAAAGGAUGGCUCACCUGGAGAUGCUGGUGACAAUGGAACUGCUGGAGCACCAGGAAAACCCGGAGGAGAAGGACCAGUUGGGCCAGACGGAGCUAGAGGACCAAGUGGAGGAUGUGAACAUUGCCCACCACCAAGAACUGCACCAGGAUAUUAG